ACGGACGUGACGCCCCUUCAAGUGUCCGGUGCUGCUGACGGCCCGGAUCCGGAGAGGAAGAGUGAGUUACCAAAUGACGCAGCGGAUGAGUUUGCUGUCAACGAAGACAGAGACGUCAACGAGGAUGAGCUACCAAAAGGUCAAGACCAGGCCACUUCCGACGGGACAGUCAAGACGGAGCUGUAGGAGAAACCAGAGCUGGAGAAUGACAAGAUCAAUGUUUCCCAGGAAAAAGCCGGACGCAACAUCAGACAACAGCGGCACGGUCAGCUCACCACCAGCCGCUGCCGGUGACGCCGCAGACGUCAAAUCGGUGUCUUCAACAAGCUCGGCAUCCGGCCUACCAGCCACAGCUCCAGAUACAGCAGACAAACGUCCUGCUGCCGGAGAAGGUGAUGUCCCAGAGUGUCAUCCUUCAAUUGUCCGUGGAGAAGAGAUGGAAGCACCCGACAACAGUGGCGCUGGUAUAGAUAGUCAGACGACAACGUCUACUGAAGGAGGAGCGUCUCUUACAACAACCACCCUAUCGCCCAAACACAAGGAAGCAGAAGGUCCUCAGUACGAAGUGGCCAUGUCGUCAGUCGACAAGCUGUGGGCAGAGCUCCGUCUUGAGAGAGACUAUUAUAUGCGGAAAAGCUUCUCGCUCAUGCCGACUCACUUCGAUCCAGACUCGCCACUACCGUCCUGCAUGUUCUCCAUAGUUAACAGACAAAGGUGGUGUGGUCGACAAAUAAACGUGACGGAAAUCGGGUGUAAAAAGAAAGACCAGGGAAAGGUCUUAAAAACGUAUGCUGUCCGACCGUAA